GCGAUCGAAAGUCGCAGCGAAAUGGACGCGAUCGGAAUCGAUUUGGGAACGACGAAUUGCUGCGUGGCCGUCGUGAAGAACGGAAGACCGGAGGUGAUAGUUAACGAGGCCGGUGACAGGACGACCCCCUCGUACAUCACGUUUUGGAAAGAUGAGAUUCUGUUCGGAUCAGUUUCGAAGAAACGAUCCGGUAUAGCGCCGAGGAAUACGAUUCACGAUGUGAAGAGGUUCAUUGGGAUGGAGGUUGCGAGCGCCGUGGAGGAGGCUCUGGCGAGGAAGUGGAGGUUCGAUUUGGUGAGCAAAGGUGGUAAUCUGAUGGUGCACGUGAACGCGGAAAGCGAGUCCAAGUUCUAUCGACCGGAGGAACUGAGCGGGAUGCUUCUGAAGCAGCUGAAGAGGGACGCCGAGAGAUACUUGGGACACGAGGUUACCAAAGCGGUUAUCACUGUGCCGACGUAUUUCCACGAUUCGCAGAGGCAGGCGACGAUAGAUGCUGGUAGCAUUGCGGGAUUCGAAGAGGUGCACUUGCUGAACGAGUCGACGGCGGCGGCUAUAGCGUACGCGGCCGACAACGAGAUCGACGAGAAGAACGUGCUGAUCUUCGAUUGCGGCGGUGGAACUUUCGAUAUAUCCAUCGUGAAGUUGAACAAGAAGCAGGUGACGGUGCUGGGAAUCGACGGAGAUCUGAACUUGGGUGGAAACAACGUGGACAGUUGUCUGCUGGAUUACUCCAUCUCGCACAUCGAGCAAACAUACAAUUACGACGCGAGGAACGAUGACAGGUUAAUGUUCAGAUUGAGGAGUAAAUGCGAGAGUAUAAAGGUGGAGUUUGCGAGCUCGGAGGAGGCGAUCUUGCAUCUGGAGAAUUUCAUGCCGGACGACUGCGAAGAUUUAGUGUUGUCUUUAAGCAGAGCGGAUUUUGAUUCAGUUUGCGCGAACACUUACGAUAAAGCCAUCAGUAUUGUGGAGAGGUGCAUUUCGAAGACUAGUUUGAGAAAGGAGGAUAUAGACGAUGUAGUUUUGGUCGGAGGUUCGACGAAGAUUCGUGGCUUGGUCAGCAAAUUGGAGAAGUACUUCAAUUUCACCCCGAAACGCACCAUCAAUCCAGAUGAAGCUGUAGCCGUUGGCGCAGCCAUCCAAGCGUCUUUCUUCUUCGACGCCGACGAUUUCUACGAUGAGAAAGUGCUGAACAAUCUGUUGCCGUACGAUUUGGGCGUCGAGACGGACGGCGGUGAGAUGAACGUCAUCGUAGCGCGCAACUCUCUCUUACCCACGUCCAACAGCAAAAUCUUCUGCACCACCAAAGAUAACCAGGAGUUCAUCAUCGUGAAGAUUUUCUCCGGAGAUUCGCAUCUCACCGAAGACAACAAUCUGCUCGGAUCGCUGAAAGUGAGCGGGUUUCCCGUUGGACCUAAACACUCGGUGAAGCUGAAAGAGACGUUCGAGAUCGACGAGAACGGGAUUCUCGUGGUGAGCGUCGUCGAUCUUUCCAGCGGUGAUUCUUACGGUUUGGAGAUAUCUUUGGAUAAGGGACGGAUGACGGAAGAGGAGAUUUCGGAUGGUCGCGAAUUGGUCGCGCAGGAAUUCGGUAAUCUGGAUAAGACGCGAAGGAUCAAGCAGAUGAAAACGGAUGCGCUGAAGAUGUACAACGAGAAUGGAAGGGAAGCUGUGCACGAUUGGUUAAUGACGUUAUCGCACGAAGAUUUAGACGAGAUGCUCGCCGCACUCGAAAAACUAAACAUCAGCAUCUAGUUUAUAGAACAUGUAUAUUUAUUCUAAAUACUU